AUGCCUCGUACACCAGUCUACUUCUUCUCCCACGGCGGCCCAAACCUCAAAGACGACACCACCCACCCCGCCUACAGUACCCUCCAAGGCCUCGGCCGCGAAAUCACCCACACCGUCCGCCCCAAAGCCCUCCUCGUCAUCUCCGCCCACUGGCAGCCCGACCACCCCAACACCAUCCAAGUCUCGUCCCCCUCCAUCCACUCCUUGCUCUAUGACUACUACGGUUUCCCAUCCGACUACUACAACCUCAACUUCCCGGCCACUGGAUCGCCGGAGCUUGCUGGCAGAGUCAUUGGUCUUCUGAAGGAAGCGGGGAUUAAAGCGGAGGGCGUGGAGAGGAGGUUGGAUCAUGGUGUCUUCAUUCCGUUCAUGGUUGCUUUUGAUCCGAAGGAGAAUCCGCUGAGCAUGCCUGUAGUGCAGAUCAGUCUUUUCAAUUCGGAUGACGGGGCUGCGCACUAUGCGCUCGGCGCCGCGCUGGAAGGGCUGAGAGAUGAAGGCGUGGUGAUUGUGGCGAGCGGCAUGGCCGUGCAUAACCUCCGCGACUUCCGACGGGCGAUGAUGGGUGGGUUUGUCGGAGGGCGAGCGAAGCCGAUGGGGUACUGUGAGUCUUUCGAUGAAGCUCUGCGGGAGGCCGUGGAGAAGAGUCCUGAGGAGAGGAAGGAGGCGAUGACGGCGCUGUUGAAGCGGAGAGAUUCGAGGGAGGCGCAUCCGAGUUUUGAGCAUUUGCUGCCAGUGUUUGUCGGCGCUGGCGCGGCAGGGAGCGACAAAGGAGAUAGGCUGUGGACGUUGUGUGAGGGAAGUCUGAGCUGGGGGAUGGUCAGGUUUGGGGAGGUGGCGGGUGAGGCAUGA